AUGGCCCCUUCUGCUCCUACCUUUGCCAUCGUCACAGAUACGCCGCCCAGCAAAGAAAACUCGGAAGGUUCAGGACUCGCACAAGUCAUGCUUUGCGCCCAGCCGUACUCACCACUCUCACUCGCUGCAGGAAGUGGAAGUGGAAGUGGAAGUGGAAGUGGCAGUGGCAGUGGCAGCGGGAGCGGUAGCGGCGGUACUGGUGGCGCCGGUCCAAGUGGGAGUCCGAAACCGAAACCAAAGGAUCGCUUAGAGGUUUCGGAUCCCGAAGAGGCCAUGCGGUGCAGACUGCCCUACUCACCACUCUCACUCGCUGCAGGAAGUGGCAGCGGUAGCGGUAGCGGCGGUACUGGUGGCGCCGGUCCAAGUGGAAGCCCGAAACCCAAGCCCGGUGGAAGCGGACGCAGUAUGGGACAGACUUGUCCUUUGCCAGCUCCCUGCACCACACAGAUUCCAGGCGCAUUGAAGCUGGCGCCGGAAGAUGGCGGCAUUCAUGAGCCCUACCCCCGUGGAGCCCCGCCGCCGCCAGAGGCACAAAACAGUCUCGCUGGACCGGUGUCGCAGUCGUGUCCUGAACAACUCUUUUGCUCUGAACCACCGCGGACCAAACAACUCCCUUUUUCCGUCUCAUGGAUCCCUUCUGUCGUUUUGGUCUCAUGCUUGCUCGCAGCUACUACUUCCUCGACCCAGGUCCGCGCUCAUUCUAUCCUGGACCGACAUGACGGAAGUAGCGAGACUGAGCCUGACUUCACCGGUAACAUGAAAGUUAACGUCAACGAUCCUGAACUGGUCACGAGCAUCGCUGCUCCAUUUGCGGAGCAUACUCGCAUCUUCGUGCGCGACGCUGGAGCAGGUGUAGCAAAUGGUCGCCAUGUUCCGGUCACAGAUAACACGAUCUUCUUCUUCCUCGCAUCCCUAGGAUUCUUCCUCACCGCGGUCCUGUGGCAUCUCUACAUCCGAUACGGAUGGGACAGGGAUGGAGCGAAGGGGAUCGAUGCCCUGGCCACGGGCGCUAUGUCGAUGGGCCAUAGGCGAGGCAUGAGGCCCGCCGUUUCCGAUCUUCCCAGGGAGAUGGGCAAGGCGAGGGAACCCGGGCGAGGCAUGAGGCCCGCCGUUUCCGAUUUUCCCAGGGAGAUGGGCAAGGCGAGGGAACCCGGGCUAGACAUGAAGCCCGCCGUUCUCGACUUUCCCGGGGAGAUGGGUCCAUCUUUCCCUCCCAAGGUGAGGGACACCAUUCGCAGAGGACCAGUUGGAGGAUCGAAAAAGUCCGACGACAAAAUGCUACCGACGGCGCCGCGGCCGCCGCGGAAAAUGAUAGAGGCAUAA